AUGUUCGCCAUUCUUCGAAGUUAUGGCAUUCCAGAAGAGAUCGUACAAGCCAUUCGUGUUCUCUACGACGAUUCAACAAGUAAGGUCUUCGUAGACGGUAAAUUAUUCAAAGAAUUCAAGAUCUCAACUGGCGUUUUGCAAGGAGACGUUCUGGCACCAUCUGUAUUCAUAAUUGCCAUGGCUUAUGUAAUCAGAAUGCCUGAACAGCGCCUCAAUGACCUCGCAUACGCCGAUGACAUCGUCCUACUAGAAGGAAGUCUCAUUCGAGCCCAACAACAACUCGAUAGAACAAACAACAGCGUACUCAAAGCAGGUCUCGAAAUAAAUGUCGGUAAAACAAAACGAAUGGAACUCAACACCUUAAAUGCAGCACACGGUACACUCACUCCAAACGGUGAACCAAUCGAACUGGUAGCCGACUUUAAGUAUCUUGGCUCGAUGAUGGCAUCGUCUGAAAAAGACAUGAAGCACCAUAAAUCACUCGCAUGGGUAGUAUUCUAG